CAGCUCCCCGCAGCGAGACACUUGCGCGCCAUCCCGCAGGACUGUUUUGUUCCAAGUCUUUUAAUGGAAAGAAAAUAUAUUUAUGUCCCAAGUAACACUGGAAGUUUACAACUUUGGGGGGAAUCUACGGAUACCUCAUUGCACAAUUCGUGGAAGCCAACCAAAACCCACUGGCAGAGAUCAAAAAUUCGUUGUUAACGGCAACCGACGAGCUGUCUCACGGUGCGGUUUUCAAUCUGUCAAAACAGUUGGUUGAAAGGUUUGGUCAUAAACCGCGAAGCUGCUGUCUACGUGGACUGGUGCUGAAAUCUCACGUCCAGCUGCCAGGACCUCUGCCAAAUCCAGAGAAAUGGCGACAAAUGGCACCAAAGCCUCAGAUGGCCAAGUUGUGACGGAAUUGAACGAAGUAUCAACUAGUGAUAAGGCAAAUACGGCGGAGGCGAAAGGCGAGAAGAAAUCGGAUCUCCCUGCUCGAGAAACAUGGGGAGGGAAAUUUGAUUUCUUAUUAUCGUGCGUUGGCUAUGCCAUUGGAUUGGGAAACGUUUGGAGAUUUCCUUACCUUUGUGGCAAAAAUGGUGGAGGGGCCUUCUUGAUCCCUUAUUUUUUAACGCUCAUUUUUGCGGGAAUGCCUUUGUUUCUUUUGGAGUGCUCUCUUGGUCAAUACACGUCGAUUGGUGGACUUGGAGUAUGGAAGCUUGCUCCAAUGUUCAAAGGUGUUGGCCUUGCAGCUGCAGUGCUUUCAUUCUGGCUAAACAUAUACUACAUCGUAAUCAUUUCUUGGGCCUUGUACUAUCUAUACAACUCUUUCACCACUGAACUGCCAUGGAAAUCUUGCAAUAAUCCAUGGAAUACUGACAAGUGUUACACCAACUACAGCAUUACAGACACAGCCAACCUCACCAGUGCUGUUGUGGAGUUUUGGGAGAAAAACAUGCAUCAGUUAACUGACGGCUUGGAAAAACCAGGACAGAUCAGAGUGCCAUUGGCCAUCACUCUGGCCAUCGCCUGGGUGCUCGUGUACUUCUGCAUCUGGAAAGGUGUCAGUUGGACUGGAAAGGUGGUGUACUUCUCGGCCACGUACCCGUACUUCAUGCUCUUCAUCCUGUUCUGCCGCGGCAUCACCCUGCCUGGGGCCACGGAUGGCAUACUGUUUUACAUAACGCCAAAUUUUGAAAAACUCAAAGAGUCUGAGGUAUGGCUUGAUGCAGCUACUCAGAUUUUCUUCUCCUAUGGUUUGGGUCUGGGCUCACUGAUAGCCCUUGGGAGCUACAACCCAUUCAAUAACAAUGUUUACAGAGACUCCAUAAUUGUGUGUUGCAUCAACUCCUGCACAAGCAUGUUUGCUGGACUGGUCAUCUUCUCUAUUGUUGGAUUCAUGGCCAACGUCACAAAGAGAUCAAUAGCUGAUGUAGCUGCUUCAGGUCCGGGGCUGGCUUUCUUGGCUUACCCAGAAGCUGUGACCCAACUGCCUGUAUCUCCACUAUGGGCCAUUUUGUUCUUCUCCAUGCUUCUCAUGCUUGGGAUUGACAGUCAGUUCUGUACCGUCGAGGGUUUCAUCACUGCUCUGGUGGACGAGUUUCCCAGGCAUCUGAGGAAACGGCGGGAGAUCUUCAUCGCCUGCGUCUGCGUCGUGUCCUACAUCAUUGGCCUGUCCAACAUCACACAGGGAGGCCUCUAUGUGUUCAAGCUGUUUGACUACUACUCUGCCAGUGGGAUGUGCCUGCUCUUCCUUGUCUUCUUUGAGUGCAUUUCCAUCUCCUGGGUCUAUGGUGCGAACAAGUUCUAUGACAAUAUUGAGGAGAUGAUCGGCUACAAACCCUGCAUAUGGUGGAAGCUGUGUUGGAUGAUCUUCACACCCCUCAUCGUUGGUGGAGUGUUCCUGUUCAGCGCUUUUCAGAUGGUGCCCCUGACCAUGGGUGAUUACGUGUUCCCAGGCUGGGGUCAGGGGGUCGGUUGGCUCAUGGCUCUGUCCUCCAUGAUCCUCAUCCCUGGAUACAUGGUAUACAUGUUCCUCGGCCUCAAGGGCACUUAUAAGGAGCGUAUGAGAAUAAUGCUUCAGCCACCUGUCGUGAAGCGGGCCCAGGUGAACGGCCCUGAGCAGCAGCCGACCGAGGUCACCGUCACCACCACCGCCGCCGCUGCCGCCACCGCCGCUGCAGCUGCUACCCCGGCCGCUGCCGCUGCUGCGCCUGCUGCCAACCCUGCCAGUCCGGCUCCUGCCACCAGUCCCACUGGCGCCGCCGCUCCCACCGCUGCGGCCGCUGCCAGCCCCACCACCGCUGCCAGUCCGGCUGCCGUAGCCAGCCCCACCGCCACCAGUCCUGCCAACCCGAGCAAUCCGACCAGCCCUGCCAACCCCGCAAGUCCCACCAACCCCACCAGCCCCACCAACCCGGCCAGUCCGGCCACCGCAGAGGCAAACCUCUAAAAGACCUGUGAAGACACAGACAUGUGCUGAGAGAGAGUGUGAUCAAAGACGAACAUUACAAAAAAAAAGGACUUCCAUGUUUAUAAUAGAAUCACCUACCUCCAGGGGCCAUACGUGAUCAAUAUAGUGAUGAAUUGCGUUGAUUAUCUCCUUUUAUUUUGUUUGUUUUUGUUUUUGUUUUGCAUUUGUAAAACCUGCCCUGCCAAUGUAGCGUGUUUGCAUUGGCACGUGUUACAAAUGCAAAGCAACGAUUCAGUGUCCAUGAAAUAUCCCACUCUGUAUUAACUCCAUCAUCCUCUGCCUGGAGAGAAUGGGAGAAACGUGGUAAAAAAAAAACAAAAAAACUGUGAUGUGAAUUUAAAAAGCACAGAACUUUUUGCAUAGCAAUGCAUUUGGGCCUACUUACAGUAUGAAGUCAAGCACUAUCUAAGGACCGCACAGUAGAGUAAAAGCACAGAGAAAAACAAAAAAAGAAAAAAAAUCCAUGAGAAAGUGGAAGAGAUAAGACCAAAAUAAGGGACCAUACAUAAUAACACCGAGCCCUAAUCCUAAAUACUGGAGUCUAUUACAGAAGGAAGCUCCUCUUUCCAUUCAGUCCACUUCACUCAGAAAGUACGAAGCACAAAGACAGAAAAAAAGAAAAAAAAAAAAAUUGCAGAAGCCCUUGGGUGACCCACUAUCUGUUGUUUAAUAUGUUUUCAGAGACUGUUACUGUUUUAUUUUCCUUUAGGGAGAAAAAAAGAGCUCGUAUGCGAUCGAGAUGUUUUUAGACUUCUUUUUCGGCUGUUUUGUACUAUUAGUGUUGUGAUCAAGGACCAAAUCAUAGACAGACACAAGCAAAAAUCUACCUAUGCCAUGCGGUGUGACGUCAUCAAAGCACAGGGUAAAUCAUAUUUCAUAAUCGUGAAUACAGAUACAGGGUGAGAUUGAAAAAAAAAAUACAUAUGAUACCAGAACCUAAAGCACAGCUGGCGAUGGAGCGGAUCCAGACCACACUUGGGCCGGGUCUGUUCCUGGGACGGCCACCAUCUGGACUCUGACUAUCAAAGUAAAAAAAAAACAAUAAAAUGCUGAGCAGUCAGCCCUGUUUACGUAUGCCUGUCUCCUCAGGACCAUGUGGACUAAGAUACAAAUAUCUCCUGACAGUAGCAGCUCUAUAAGGAGACAAGGCCUUACGCCACAGUCACAGAGAAAUAAACAAACAGACAAAAUAAUAAUAAUAAUAAUAAUAAUAAUAAUAAUAAAAAUAAAAAAAUACUACCCCAAUGAUUUACCGAUAUUUUGCGUUUAAGUGAAACUGUGUAUAAUGUUAAGUAUGAAUCAGGCAAUUCUGUCAUUGGUUGAUUGACAGCAGUUUACACGUCGGUUAGCUGUUCCUGUAUCUGACACUGUAGUGAGAAGCAAAAGCACAAAGCUUUAAUGUGACGGACAACUCCCAUGGUGUGUUUGGACGGUGAUAGUUUGCUUCUUCGGCAGCUAGUGCGUGCGUGAAAAGCAUUUAGUCUAAUGAAAUGUGUUUACUCUGAGGAGCUGAACCACUACAUGAGAUGUGAAACAAUGUCCUGUGAAUUUUGUACAAAGUUAACUCAACCACAGUUUUUCUCUAGAGCUUCGUUGUAAAACUGUACUGUGUGAAACACGUAUCUGUGAAUGUCUGUAAUCCAUUGGAAGUUACUGUCUAAAUGUUGAAGAGUUUUAAAGGAAUUGCUGUUUUCUGCAAUAAUAUUUUGAUCUCAGAAACUAAAGCACAUAUCUUACAGAAUUAUAAGAAGUGGCAAUGAUUAUAAAAAUGUUGAUUAAUAUACAAAUAGAAACUAUGUCUAGUAAGAAAUAAUAUUGUUUUGUAUAUUUUUAACUGUUUCACUGCCUACAACAUAAUAUAUACAGGAUAUGUAUUAAUGGUGUGAUAUGAUAAAGCACGAUUGUCAUGUUGUACAAAAAUACAAAAAUAUGAAAAAUAAAGA